AUGUUGCUUUGGGUGUUCUUCCUUGUGAUCCUCACCCUUAGCAGUGGCUCCCACUGCUCCACACCCUCGCUGCCCCUCAGGAUGCAGCGAUAUGCAGAUGCCAUCUUUACCAACAGCUACCGGAGGGUGCUGGGCCAGCUGUCUGCCCGCAAGCUACUCCAGGACAUCAUGAGCAGACAGCAGGGAGAGAAAAACCAGGAGCAAGGAGCAAGGUUUGGCCGUCAGGUGGAGAGCAUGUGGGCAGACCAAAAGCUGAUGACAUUGGAGAACAUCCUGGUGACCCUGCUGCAGAAGCACAGGCUAAAAGCUAGUGGCCUCAAAAAGUCCCUGGGAGAGCUAGAAGUCACACAGCACUCAGGGAGGGGUCUGCAGGCGGCCACCACCAUUGUCUUCCAGUUUAACCGCUGCAAAUACCAGGAGAUCUCUCUGAAUGUGCUAACCAUCUGUACCACUUGGGGACUAGGAAUUCCCAAGGAUGAAGAUUCUGCCUGGGCUUUCUGCUACCUGUAG